CAUAUAAUACACUUUCCAGCAUGUCUGAACAAUUUCACCAACGAACACAAUUUCAAGGGUAUUGUGGACCUCUACUGAAAGCUGCCAAAAAUAAUGGGCAUAUCAUCGAUCGGUACAGAACGUAAAGAAAAGACGGUAGUAAACGGUUAGCAAGAAUGUUUGUACAGCCCGUAACGCAGAAUCCAUACCCGACAACACACGAAAUAAAUCAGUAACCAAAACAUUGCCGCCCUUAUCAAUGAGAUAAGGGAUAAGAGCACACACUCACACCGAGCAAACACAUCGAAAAGGCUUGGCAGUGCUCUGAUUGGAUGCAUCGGCCCAAUCCAUCUACGGCGGGUACGAAACCAACCAGGCCAAAUCAACCGGCAACUUGCGUGGUUUGCUAUUACGCUUGCGACGGUUGAACCACACGCUUCGUGAUACGCGAGCGCACCAGAGCAAGUGUUUUGCGCAAUAUCUCAUUCUAGAAUUCGGAACAUAAAAGAAUCACCGUCCAGCACCAUGAGUUUGUCCCGGUUCCGUUUGAUUACAUUCGAUGUGCACAGUACGUUGCUACAGUUUCGUUCGAGUCCCGGUAAGAAGUAUGGUGAAAUUGGUGCAAUGUUCGGCAUCAGCAACAACAACAACCAACUGGUGGCAAACUACGUCCAAAGCUGGCACAAAAUGAAUCGGCUUCAUCCGAACUUUGGACUGAAGACUAAAAUUUCCUACAAACAAUGGUGGCAGAUGAUGAUAGACGGCAUUUUCAAUGAAAAUGGAACUCACAACAUACCGCAAGAGAAAAUCGAACAGAUGACGGAACAUUUUAUGGAGUACUUCAAAACGAGCGUCUUUUGGCAGCAUUGCUACGGAUCGGUAGAUUUCCUCAACUAUCUGAAGCUGCAACAGCACGUAGAAUCCAAUGGUCAGAAACAACCGCCAUUCAAGCUGGGAGUAAUCUCUAACUUCGAUCCACGGUUGGACGUGCUGUUGAGAAAUAUGAAAAUUAAUCACUAUUUUGACUUUGUGCUAAACUCGUACGACGUCGGUUACAUGAAACCGGCACAGGAAAUCUUUGACCGUGCCAUUCAGUCGUCCGAGAUAAAGGAUCUCAAACCGCACCAGUGUUUGCACAUUGGCGCUACUCCGGCAACUGAUUACUUCGGGGCGCGGAAUGCCGGAUGGUACAGUUUGCUGGUGCACGAAAAGUCGGCGGAAGAGUUGACGCGAAAGUAUGGCCAGCUGGUGGAGGACAAUCAUGUGUUUUCUAGUCUGUUUGAUAUUCACAAAAAGAUAUCUAACGAUUACAUGAGAUGGUGAAUGAUAUUAGGCAGGGCGUGUGCAAACGGUACGAUAUACGAAUAAAGUAAUAUAAUCCAAAAA